UCUCGACCCAACGACCUCCGUCCGUAACACUUUUGAGAGUUGAGACAUUGCUGGCUAGCUACUCCAACUCCAGUAGUUACCGUGGCCACACUGCUGCAUGCGUCGUCAAGCACAUAUAUAGCUGGGAGCCUGGGACUGGGAGGUGGGAGAAACAGAGGGAGCAGGGGCCAGUGGGAUCGAGCGAGCUAGCAGCGUAUAGUAGGAAGCAAACGAGGGACGUCGCUAGCUAGGAGGAGGAGGAGGAAAAUGGAGGAGGUGGCGGAGCUGGGGCACCUGCUGGUGUUCGCCUUCCUCUUCUGCUUCGCCGCCUUCAUGGUCGGGCCGGUGAUCACCGACGUCACCAUGGGGGCGCUCUGCCCCGGCCGCGACGAGUGCUCCCUCGCCAUCUACCUCACCGGAAUCCAGCAAGCUGUUACGGGCCUGGGCGCCCUGGUGCUGACGCCGGUCGUCGGCAACCUGUCCGACAGGUACGGCCGGAAGGCGCUGCUGGCGCUCCCGGCCACGGCGUCCAUCGUUCCACUGGGCAUCCUGGCGUACGGCCGGACCAGGGGCUACUUCUACGCGUACUACAUCACCAAGACGCUGACGGCGACGGUCUGCGAGGGCAGCAUGAUGUGCCUCUCCCUUGCUUACGUGGCUGACAGGGUACCGGAGGCGCGGCGCGCGGCGGCCUUCGGCGUGUUCUCCGGCGUCUGCAGCGCCGGCUUCGUCGCCAGCACCAUAGCAGCCCGCUUCCUCUCCGUCUCGUCAACGUGCCAGGUCGCCGCAUUGGCAGCGGUGGUGACGGCCGUGUACAUGAAGGCCUUCCUUCAGGAGACGGACAGCGGAGCCUCCUCGUGCAGCUACGAUGAGGAGGUCUCCCAGCCACUCUGCAUUCCCUCCAGCAGCGAGGAGCUGUCGCCGAAGCUCCCGCCUCUUCGGAAAGCGCCGUCGCUGUCAGAGAUAGCCGCCCUUCUUACCAGCAGCUCAGCCUUCUCGAGAGCGGCAGUCGUCACAUUUUUCCAUGGCCUUGGCGACGCAGGCCAGCUAAAUACACUAUUGUAUUUUCUCAAGGCAAAAUUCCAUUAUAGCAAGAACCAGUAUGCCAAUUUGCUACUUAUUAUUGGCAUUACAGGAAGCUUCUCACAGCUAACUGUGAUGCCACUUCUAGUGCCAAAGCUAGGUGAACAGAAGCUACUUAUCAUAGCACUCACAGCGAGCUGUGGGCACGCAUUCCUAUACAGCAUCGCAUGGUCAUUCUGGGUCCCUUAUCUUGCUGCAAGUUGUGUAAUAUUAAGCAUGCUGGUCACCCCAUGUAUAAGGAGCAUCAUAUCAAAGAAAGUGGGACCUUUUGAGCAGGGAAUGGUCCAAGGUUGUAUCACUGGAAUAAGCUCAACUGCAAAUGUGAUAUCUCCUCUAAUUUUUACUCCACUCACAGCCUGGUGUCUAUCAGAAGCUACGCCUUUCUACUUAAAAGGUUUCAGCCUUGCCUGUGCUGGAUUUGCAACGCUGGUAGCGCUUGCAACAAGCAUAUGUAUGAGGCCAGCUGAAGUACAGCGGCCAGAUAGGAAAUAGAUGAGCUAAAGACCACUCUGGAAGAAAAAAAAUGGUGGAUGCAUGCAUGUAAUGUACAUAGUUUAUACAUCUCUGUACCAUUAAUCUUCUAUCAUCUACUAACCACUGUCAAUAGCCAUUGUGAAGUUUUAUGUAGUUAGCAUUAUAUAUAACUUGCACGCUACUCCAUCAUGGUUAGUUGAUUAACAUGGACAGUGUGUAGUGAUGUAAAACACAUUCAUACUUGUAACAGACUUUCCUAAAUUGUUGCCUCGUUGAGAAUAUAAGGCUGAAAUGCUUGACUCCUGA